AUGGAGUCCAAAAUAUUUAAUUUAUUCUUUAUAACAUGUGAACUUGUUGAUAAUGCUGAACAAUACGAAAAUCUUUCAAGUAGGAAAACUGUUACGGUCAGUACUAGAUACAACGAUGGAUACUUUUCACCAAGUAAAGCCGUUGACGAAGACAGGAGUACAUACCUACUGGACUGUUCACUGACAGCGUCCGAUCAAGAGGAGGCGUGGUUAACAGUAGAUCUCGGGGAAAAGAAAAAUAUAGCAUCAAUAACAAUCUUACAUGGGGGUUUUGGUCUCAAUGCAUCAGCAAUAAGAUCGGCUGAGUCAGGUCUCUUUCCUACUUUAAAUGGACAAGUUUUUGUUGCCAAUCAAUUAAGAAGGAUAUGUACGAGUAGAUUUGAUGAAAAGGAUGCACAGGUCGUUUGCUUGGCUUGGGGAUUUCUACCAGAUAAUCCAAUUUAUAACAUAGCUAGAGAUUCCUCAUCGGCUCCAUUUUACAACAUCUUGAACUGUGCAAGCAAUGAAGUUAACAUAAAUACAUGUACAAAGGGAUCACCUGACUGUCCAUCAGGAUCAGCUGUAGCUUUAACAUGUCAAAAAGGCAGCACACUCUCUGGAUUCUCUGUGUAUGUAUCAGAUACAGAAGACUGGAGGUCAGGAACUCUCUGUUAUCAAUAUGACGUCACACAAAUACCACAGAAUAACAUCAAUUUGGAUUGUGUCACUUCUGGUCGCUAUGUCACUGUUUACAAUACAAGAAAUAUAACAAUAUACCCAAAUGUAUCCGAAUUUUCAUACAUUAAUAUAUGUGAAAUCGAAGUUAAAGGAUGCGACAUGGGAUUUUACGGAGAAAGCUGCACAAGGUGUCCUAAAAACUGUUUGAAUAAAACCUGUCACUUUCAGAUUGGAUAUUGUUUUGAUUGUUCUGAUGGAUACAUUGGGCGUUAUUGUGAAACAGAAUGCGCAGCUGGUAAAUAUGGACAAGGAUGUUCUGUCAAAUGUGGACAGUGUAUCGAUGAUAAACCAUGUAACCACGUGAAUGGUUCUUGUCCUGGAGAUUGUUCUGCUGGAUGGAGAGGAGAUAGAUGUGAUCAAGAAUGUGAACAUGGACAUUUCGGCCUGAUGUGUAAAGAGCACUGUAGUCAACAUUGUUUGGAAUGUAUGUCAUGUGAUCACGUGAGUGGGUCAUGUGAUGGAGGAUGUAAGGAUGGCUGGAUUGGAGCUAAAUGUCGGGAUCCAUGUGCCUCGACCUUCUAUGGAGUUACCUGUAAUCAGUCUUGUAGCAACGACUGCAGAGAUAAUAUAUGUAACCCAGAGACGGGAUACUGUAUCAGAUGUAAUGAAGGCAAAUCUGGAGAGUUUUGUCAGAAUGAAAUUACCACGUCAGAACCAACCAUUUCGAAAAACAUGUUCAUUCUGGCAGUCUCAUUACUUGCUGUGGUCAUAAUGUUACUGGUAGCAACACUUGUUCUCUGCUUCCUGCAAAGAAAUUGCCGACCGUCUAAUUCAAGCAAUUCAGAUCCAGUCUACGAACGUACUGUGGCUAGAAAAGAAGACAAAUCCGAGUAUGCUGAUAUUCACGACCCAAUGUCUAAUAAAAAUACAGGAAUCGACACGUCUCACUAUAUGGAAAUAUCUAAUAAUGAUGUCAAAUCUAGAACUGAGUACAUUAAUCUUGGAUGAUUUUAUCAUUUGAAAUAAACAUGUUUCAAGCAAAUUGAUUAAUUUACAACUCAAAGAAUAGUUUUCAUCCAUAUAAGCAUUUACGAACUAUCCAUGACAUCUUUGGUAUACAAUGUAGUUUUUCUUCUAUUUAUAAAUAUUCCAUGAAUAUGUCUAAGGAAUGUAAAGAGA